UUAAAAACUCGAUCCUUAUUGAAGGGCGGAAGCGAGCCCAUCCCCACAUCCGCUCGCCAGAGCCAAAGCCGCACCACAAUGCCAUGAAACAAAUGCCUGUCGCUCAUAGUGGAGCACCGAAGAAGUAUCAUACACACAGCAACUCAGCAGCAGCGCAUUGAUCUUGUAGAAGGAGAGGACAAAGUUGAGGCGUCGACACUGUAGUGCAAAUUAACCAAGCGAGUGGUUUGUGAAGCCUUGUGUUUGCUUUUUGCAUUAACUCAAAUAGUUUCAGCCAUGACCGAGGAAAAAGCAGCAGCCCCAGCUCCGGCGAAGGCUCCUUCUGGUGCGAAAAGACCUGCUACAGGCACCAGUCUGGCCCCACUGGCAAAGUAUAAGUUGGUGUUCUUGGGAGACCAAAGCGUAGGAAAGACAUCAAUCAUCACAAGGUUCAUGUACGACAAUUUUGAUCGGCAUUAUCAGGCAACCAUCGGAAUUGAUUUUCUUUCAAAAACAAUGUACUUGGAAGAUCGCACUGUCCGCCUACAGUUGUGGGAUACAGCUGGUCAGGAGAGAUUUCGGUCUCUGAUCCCUUCCUACAUUCGAGAUUCGAGUGUGGCUGUGGUGGUCUACGAUGUGAGCAACCGCGCUUCUUUUUUGAAUACGACUAAAUGGGUCGAAGACGUCCGAGCUGAGCGAGGGAAUGAUGUUGUGAUUUGUCUCGUUGGAAACAAAACGGAUCUUGGAAACGACAAACGACAAGUUAGUACAGAGGAAGGGGAAGAACGUGCCACUAAGGAUGGCCUGAUGUUUAUGGAAUGCAGUGCAAAGGCCGGAUACAAUGUCAAGAGUUUAUUCCGAAAGCUGGCGACAGCAUUGCCAGGAAGUACCGACGCAAACGCCGCCGCUAAUGGAAAUGGCGCUGGAUUGGCGACACAAGCGGGCAACAACCUUAUCGACGUCAAACUAUCAGCUGCACCGGCCAAUCUUGACGAGGCCAAAUCUUGUGGCUGUUGAUUCAAUUGGAGUCGUUUCCAGAACGUAGUCCAUUUAGAUUUUUCAUUUCGAUGUUGUCUUUGUUGCGUCUAAACAAUUGCCGAGCCUCGAGCCGUCCGAUAGAAAAUUGAAAACCAAGCCCGUUUCUGGUAGAAACUCGAGCACAGUUUUGCUUGAUCAUGCAUGAGGCAGGCACAAUACAAUCAUUUAUUUGUAGAACGUAUGGAAGGCUUUGCCUUAAUUCUUACGAUAAAUCAAACCCUGAAACGAGCCAAUAUGGACCUCUAGCUAGUAGCUAACUUGCUGAUACCGGUAGCUUUGGUAAUAGUAGUCACCUUUAGAAGCUACUGCAAUUAUUAAAAAACAGGGCUUGGGAUACGGCAGUUCUGCUUGGUGCAGCUCUGGCUGGGACAGAGGCUGUUGAGCUGAUGUUGGCAGUGGCUGAGGCAUCCCCCCCUGCCGCUAGCUGGCUGUUUCUCAGCCGUUUUCUUGGUCGGCACACAGGAAGCAGCUUUGCCUCUAAAACACAUGUACAAAUACAGUGAAUCGUUUACAAAGAUAUGUCAUAGUUAUUAUAUACUAGUAGU